AUGGCACCCAAAAAGCAAACCAAAAAAAAGGACGCUGAAGAAACAAACGAAGAAAAGGAAAUGACAACAUCAGAAGAAGCUCAAUCCGAUAAUGAUAUGAAGGUUGAUUUAAAUUUGAGUGAUACAGAGAUGGAAGAGGCUUCAUCAAAAUCAAAGGCUUCAUCAUCUUCGAAAACAAAGAAGGAAGAUUCGAAAAAGAAGACCGCAACUUCAUCCAAAUCAUCAUCAUCGAAGAAAGAAUCAAAGAAAGAAUCAAAGAACAAGGAUGGAGUUUUUAAAGGUUUAGAUUUUCUAGUUGGUAUCUCCGAUGAAACUACUGGUGCUGAUAGUAGUGAUGCAAUCACUGAGUCAUUGAGCAACGAAGGUGGAAAUGUUAUGAAGAAGAUCUCCGAUAAAAUCAAAUACUUGGUAUUUUUGAAAGGAAAACCAGCAACCUAUAAGAAUGCAAAAGAGAAAGGUAUCAAGAUUGUAAAUCCACUAUGGGUCAAAGAUUGUAUCUCAAAGAAGAAAAUUCUUGAAGUAGAAUCCAAGUAUGAACCAGAAGAACCUGAAUCAGGAAAGAGAAAGAAAGAUGAUGAUAAUGAAAAGAAGAAGAAUAAUUCAAAGAAGAAGGAAACUAAGAAAAAAGAAGAUGAAAACAAGGAUGAUGGAGAAGAAGAAGAAGAUUCUGAAACAAAGGAACCCGAAAAUAAGAAGAAGAAGACUGAAAGUUCAUCAUCAAAAUCAAAGGCUUCAUCAUCAAAAGCUUCUAAAUCAACAGAAGAAGAAGAUGGAAAGAAGAAAUCUUCCAAGCCAACUUCCAAGACUUCAACUAAAGAUGACAAGGACAAGGAAAAGAAAUCUUCAGACAAAGAAACUUCAGAAAAGAAAACUGACACCAAGAAAGAUCCAAAGUCCAAGAAGACUGAUACAACGAAAAAGAAGGAAGAAGAAAAGAAAGAUGAGAAAGAGAAGAGUGAAACAAAGAAAAAGGAUGAGACAAAGAAGCCCAAAGAUGAAAAGAAAAAGGAUGACAAGAAACUAAAAAGACCACCUUCUGCUUAUAAUCUCUUUAUGGCUGAUAAGAAGAAAGAAAAUAAGUCAACUGAAUUAUCAGAAAUUUCAAAUAUGUGGAAGGAACUCUCUGAAGAUAAAAAGAAAUCCUACGUUGAACAAGCUGAGAAGCUAAAAGAAGAAUAUUUGAAGAACAAUCCAGAUGCAGGAAAGAAAACUUCAAAACCAAAGAAGGAAGUUUAUGAAGGGGAAUCUGAUGAAGAUGAAGAAGACGAUGAAUAUUUUGAUAAUGAUGGAGCAGAUGCAAUUGAUGAUGAAGGCCAUGUUACAAGAUUUGAUUUUACAGGGUUUGAUAUUCAAGCACCAAUUUGUGAGAUUAAGAAACCUCCAAAAGGAAAAUAUGUUUUGGAAAUGUCAUCAGUUGCAGAGAGUGACAAAAUCAAAAUAAUUUCUGCAAUGCAAGAGAAAGUUUUGGUUGAACCAAAAGAUGGAGAAUCACCAAAACUUGAUGAAAAAUCUUCUAAACCCAGAAUGAAGAGACUUUUAGCAGAUUUCAGCUGGGCAACUACAUGUGAUCCACACACUAUGAACUUUGAAGAAUAUAAUGGUCAAUAUUUCACUCAUUUAAUUGUUCCAAAGGAAGAGAAAACAAGAAGAACGAUUAAGAUAUUAUUUGCUAUUGCAUUUGGUGCUCACAUUGUUAAUGUGGAUUGGUUCUACGCAUGUGAAAAGGAAGGUAAAAAGGUUAAUGAGACUCCAUACCUCGUUGAUGUCUCUCCUGCAUGUGAAAAAUCAAGAGCCAUUCUAUUAAGUGAAGAAGAAAGAAUGAAGAGAAAACCAAGAAGGUCAAAAUCAGGUGAUGAAGAUGACGAUAUGGAAGAUGAAAAGAAAGGUCCUUCUAAAUUACUUGCAGAUACAAAAAUAAUAGUUUCUUCCUGUACGAAUCCUCCUGCAAAAUAUUUGAAGAGAUUGAUUGAAUUGUUGGGCGGAUCAGUUGUUACAAGUGCAAGAACUGCGUCAUAUCAUAUUCUUUCCAAAGAUGAAAAGUUUAAAGAACCAAAGGUUAAAUCUUUGACUGUGGAAUUGGAGGGUGGUCAUACCAUCGAAAAGGUACCAGAUCCUGUCAUUGGUGUAACUGAGAAAUGGCUACUUGACGCAAUAACUAAUUACGAAAUUCCUUCAGAUGUAACACCUUACCUUGUGGAGAUAGAAAAAGAGGAAUCUCCAAAACCAACUUCUAAGAAAUCUGCUAAAUCUACCCCUAAGUCAUCAUCUAAGAAGACCUCUUCCUCAGCUGAGGAAAAGAAGGACGACAAGAAGAAGAAAGAAUCUCAAGAUAAAAAGAAUGACGACGAUGAUGCAACAGAUGAUGACAAAGCUCAAAUGGAUGUUGAUGAAGAAGUGACUUAUUAA